CCAAUGGCAAGCCGUACGACGCUGGAUAGGCCGACGCGACGCAGAUGGCGACGGCGAGCGUGACGCUGACGCAGUACACCGCCUGUUCCACCUCUACACACCUCAGCACCGACGAACGACCGACCACACUUGCCACGAUGCCGUCCUGGUUGCUGCUACUAGUGCUGUCGUCCGCCGCCGUCGUCUGCAUUGUCGCUAUUCCGUCAUCGAACAUCGACUACGAAUCAGUGCCGACGCGAGAUCAGCAAACAGUAGAUAGAGGCGAUGCCGUCAUCGCCUACUUGUUACAGGCGUUAUAUGACGUAUAUGGUCGCAGUGAUACACAGGAUGCACAGUCUCUCGUCGCGAAAAGUUACGAUGUCGCAUUGCACAGUCCGAGUGCUUACCGACCGCCCCUCAGCAGCUCCAAGCGAAAUAUGAUUUGCUAUUUCAAGAUCUGCAAGCUUGGUGGCAGACGACGACGGUAGGCGAGAGCAACGCUUCCGCUGACGUCAUCAAAUUUUGUCGACUAUUCUAUCGUCUAUCAUUUUUACGCUCGCAUUGUAUCGUGUGUGUGACAGCGGUAUGACAAAAAUACCGAGCUAACAGGUCAACAGAGUGAAGAUGAAAUACGCAGAAAACGAGAAAUAUUAGUAGUUAAUAAAAAGUAAUUAUGAGCGAGUCAUUCCAAAGUGACGAUAUUUUUGCAUGAAUGAACAAUAAAAAACCAAUUUAAUCAGCAGUACCUGUUACACUGACAUAUCAGAACCGCGACGAAAGUUGUAAACAACUUCUCAAUGAAGAGAAAAUCCAAUAAUCAGAUGUGCUGGGUUUUUAUUACUGGUCGAAUUCCGCUGACGCACAUAUUGUUGCUAUUCAUGUCAAUAACGACUUCCGUCAUUCUUUUACUAAGAACAUGAUGCUAGUUUAUACGUGCCGUCGGACAUAAUUAAACGAAUGAAAUGAUUGUAUAGACA